CUGGCUGUGUGCAUGUGGAAAGGAGGGACUCUUUAUAAGUGCACGUGUAAUUGGAUGCAUUGCAGUGAGUAAAAUAAUAAAAUAAUUGAUCUCAACACCUUAAAUUAAUUCCCAUUCAACAUAAUAAGUAGAAUCAUAAAUUCCUGUUUGUCUUAAGUAAAAAAAAGAAUCCUAAUCAUGCUAUUGGGAAACCAUUUAGCAUUGGAGGUGAAUAAAAAAUAAAAAUAAAAUUCAUUCAUUUAAAAACAAUCAUAUGUUUACAUGAUACAAUUUUGAGAGAAGCUUUCCCACAUGGUGGAGCAAUAAACAAAUCAUUAUUUAAUAAAGGCAAUUCUUUAAUACAGGUUAACAGCCCAAAGUGAUUUCCAAGUCUGAUCAAGGCCAAACAUGGAACAUAUUGCAGUAAGAAAGAAGACGCAAGAAACUUUUCAGAAACGAAGCUUUUUUUAAUUUUUCAAAUGCAGGAAAAUGAAUAAAAUGUCAAAUGGAUUAUAGCAUAAUAACCGAUCUAUCCAAACUUUAGUUUUGGAUUAAACGUCAUAAUAAUUUAUUUAUAUCGCUUUCAUUUUGCAGGACUUUUCUCCACGUGUCGACACAAUAUUUCAACACUCGUGAAGAUCUUUAUUUUAUUUGAAAGGAAACACACCAGUUGGGCUGAAGAAAGUCCGCUUAUCUUCUAAACCUGAACUAUGUCUUAACUUUUUAGCGUCAAAAUCACUCAGCAUCAUGACAGGUAGCCAAUGGCAGCGCCUGGUCGCACGAGCCCGCCGCCUCCCCGGCACCGUGUCCCGCGCGCUCAUUGGACAGAGAGGAGAACCACACGAGCCACUCGCGUGCAGUCUCGCGCUCUAUAAAUAAAACGUGGGGCGCUGGAAACAUGAGCCGAGUUGAUGUCAGCUUGUUUUGAGAGACAGAAGUCACCGCAAACAUUUGUUUUCAGUGAACUGCACCGUGGUCUGCCAGGAGAAGGCGGGACCUACCGAGCUGGACUGACUUUUGAUUGUUGUUCAUCUUAUUGUUUUUGAUCAAGUUUUUUAUUCAGACUUUUGAUAAACCUGAAGAUGCCUGCCGGGACUUUAACAUCUCCAUCUUCUGUGGCUGCACCACAGGCGAGAGGAGACGCCACACCUGAGAAACCCCGCACUCUAACAGAGAGCAGAAAGUCCUCUAAACCCAUCAUGGAGAAGCGGAGACGUGCGCGCAUCAAUGAGAGCUUAGGCCAACUGAAGACUCUCAUCAUGGACGCACUUAAGAAAGAUAGCUCCAGACACUCAAAACUGGAGAAAGCAGACAUCCUGGAAAUGACUGUAAAGCACCUGAGGAACCUGCAGAGACUUCAGAUGACCGCUGCUGUUAACACAGAUCCGUCAGUCCUGGGUAAAUACCGAGCUGGCUUCAGUGAGUGUGUGGGUGAGGUCACCCAUUUCCUGUCAACGUGCGAAGGGGUGAACACAGAGGUGAGGACACGCCUCCUUAGUCACUUGGCAGCCUGUGUUACCCAGAUCAGCGCUGUGAACUUCUACACGCCUCACCCAGGUGCUCUGGGACUCGGACAGACAAAUGUCCCUCAGGUGCCCUGCAAAAGCAGCUCAGCAAUGCACGUCUCUUCAGAAGCGCUGAAGAUGUACAGAGGAUUCCAGGUGUUGCCAACGCCGGAUGGACAGUUUGCGUUUCUUGUUCCCAGCACAGCCCUUGUGCCUCUGAGUGCACAGAACAGCCAGCUCAUGUCGCCUGUUGCACCUGCAGUCACCUCAGACUCUGUGUGGAGGCCGUGGUAACUCAUCUGUUGGAAAUGGACUAUCAGACAAUAAUGAAACAAUUUUUUUGUACAUUUUGUAAAUGUUUUUAAAACCUACUUGAGUGGGAUGUUUACACACAUUGUUUUUUUGUAUGUACAUGUAUAUUUGAGGCCUCUUAUCUAGCUGUGACAGGCCUCAGGAGGUCUAGAAAGUCCUUGAAAGGUCUUU